GCCUCGGAAUUUAAAGGGCCCGCCGCCUCUGUUCGAAGUUAGUGUGAAGGCCUGAAGUGGUCGCUGGAGGACUGCGUGUGGUCAUGGGACCUGUGCGGUUGGAAAUGUUGCUCUUCCUUUUGGUCGUGAACGGGGUUUGGGCUGGAACGCCGAAACAGGAGGACGAUGAUACAGAACGCUUGCCAAGCAAAUGCGAAGUGUGCAAGCUGCUGAGCAUGGAGCUCCAGGAGGAGCUGAGUCGUACUGGCCGGUCUCGAGAAGUGCUGGAGCUGGGACAGGUGCUGGACACAGGCAAGAGGAAGAGACACGUACCUUACAGUGUUUCAGAGACGAGGCUGGAAGAGGCUUUGGAGAACCUGUGUGAGCGGAUCCUGGAUUACAGUGUCCAUGCUGAGCGCAAGGGCUCACUGAGAUACGCCAAGGGUCAGAGUCAGACCAUGGCGACGCUGAGAGGCCUAGUGCAGAAGGGGGUGAAGGUGGACCUGGGUAUCCCCUUGGAGCUUUGGGACGAGCCCAGCGUGGAGGUCACGUUCCUCAAGAAGCAGUGUGAGACGAUGCUAGAGGAGUUUGAGGACGUGGUAGGCGACUGGUACUUCCACCAUCAGGAGCAGCCCCUGCAGCGUUUCCUCUGUGAGGGCCACGUGCUCCCAGCAUCCGAGACAGAGUGUCUGCGGGAAACGUGGACUGGGAAGGAGGUCACGGAGAAGGCGGACAGGCGGGAGGAAGAGGAUGAGGAGGAAGAAGAGGAGAUGAAGGAGACAACAGGCCACGCGGAGCAUGACCUGGAGGACCUCUGACGCUUGCCUUGGGGGUCAAGGACGAUGAAGAAGCUCCUGAUGUCUGAGCUCCCUCACCCACAGCUUUUAGGGUGUGUGCAACCGCACCCCAAAGAUGGUGGCUGCACCCUCUCAUCUCAUCUUAGCGAGGGGUCCAGGUGAUGUAGUGGACCAUGGCCAUGGCCAUGGGGAGAAAGUUGGGAGCAGCAGGGGGAAGCCCCAGCCCCACGGAUGAGCCAUCCAGCAGGUGUAAGGUGACACGUGGUGAAGGCACUGGCAGCUUUGCCCGUCACACCGUCACCCAGGGGUCACCCCAGGCCUUGGGAGGGUCCCCGUGCCUCCGUGGGGAAGGGGAGACGGCUGGUUUUCACUUUUUUGGGGAAGAGGCCAGAACACACUCCACACCAUGCCCGCGUCCAUCUGGGAUGCCGCACGCCAACAAACAGACCAGCGGAUGGGGUGAGGCCACGUUGACAAGUUAGAUCCUUCAUCUUCCUAUUAUUUGUACCGAGGUGCCAAAUUUUAUAUAUCGCUAUUAAAGGUUUUUUUUUUUUUUUAAUAUCAA